AUGCAUCACCUACUUCAUCUGCUGCUCUACCAGCGGCAGUUGAACGUAGCCGGCCAGCUAUUCGCCAUUGGCAACUAUGAUGUUAUAACCGACUUGACUUCGACGUUUGCCAAGCUCAAAGAGAUGAUCAAUGCUCCUGGCUACGCGACAGAUCGCAUUAAUCAAAGCGUCGUCGAGAUCGUGAUUGCUCGAGUAACGGCUGCGAUUCGCGACACCGGCAGCAUCGAGACCUAUUCGGCAGCGCUCGUCGAUCUUCUCGACGAGGUUGCGAAACACCCAAUGACAAUUGGAAACGAUCACGACUCGCCGCACUGCAAAAUUGCGUCCGAUUUGCUGUCUAGUCUAUUUCUGCAUUAUGGCAACAAAUCGGUAAUGACGGUCGGGCUGCCAGCAGCGCUCAAGAUCCUCAGCUCUGACAAUCAAGAAUUAGUGAAAAACACGACAAGCUACAUUUCGUUGGCGGCGAUUCACAAUGGCAAAACAUUGUCGUCAUACGCCCUUCAAAUCAUUUCCCAUGUUGUUCAAGGCAAUUUUUCGCUGAUUCGAGUUCUUCCACAAAUCUAUCCGGAUAAUAAAGAGCCAUUCCAUGCUCAAAUUUCACAGCUCAUUGAUGUAUUGCAAAACGAGAAUGUUGAAUGCAGCGAGAAGCUGUCGCUUCUCCAGCUCUCAUCAAUGGUGGCUAGCACGAAGCCCGACGUGCUCAUCCCAUAUCUCCCGCGUUUUGAUGUCUACCUACUAUCACCGCAAAUGUCAACAGCUCUCCUCAACAUUUACAUGUCAUUGAUCUCCCAAAAUCGCUCGGAAGCUCUUGCUCAAUUCCUGCCAACAUUAAAGCUAGCCUCUCAAUCAAAUGAUUAUGUCAAUAAUCGCGCGACAAUUUGCAAAAUUAUCGCAAAUAUUGGACGAGUUUCCUCAUCGUUGGCUUCUGAAGCGGUCGAUGAGCUCAUACUCAUGUCUAGAAACAAUAUGGACAAUCCGCAACUUCAACAGACAAUUUUCAAUGAAAUCGAAGGCAUCGGAUCCUACUAUCCGACAUCCCUUCACAAGCACAUUUCCUAUUUCCAAACGCUACCAGCAAAUCGCACAAUCGACAGAAUAUUGUCCUGUGUGCAAAACACUUCUCGACAUGUUUCUCAAGAGAUCGCCACCUCCGAUUAUCGUCUGAACAACAAGGACAACUCGCUGGACUCAUUGAUGUCGAAGAAUUCAAAAGGAUUCGUGAAUAUGAUGACGAGCGGUGGCCGUACGGUAUUCGAUGUCUGCGAAUCACCAACAGUCGAGCUAUGUGAGCUGGACAGGAACACCCAUUCUCUGGCCAUGCAAUACCAAAAUAAUCGUUCAAGCGGCUCAUUGAGCCGUCGGAGCCAUGCCAGCAUCGCGCAAAGCCUAGGAGCCCAAGGGCCUUUGAUCAGCGAUGCCAUUGAGCCGUCGCUUCUCUCGGUUCCAUCAAGCUCAAGGUCCAAUAUCGUCGCUCAACCUCUGGUAGUUCAUCUGAAGCAAACACCGCCCACUCAAAUCCAAAUGGGAAAAGAUGGCCGUGUGAGGCCAGUGGCUGGCGGCCGCCGACCGGUUCAAUGGCCAGCUGGUUCAACCGAAACCACAUUCCCAGCCUAUCCAGGCCCGAUAACAACGUCGAAAAUGUGCGCGUUGAACGAAGAGGAUGAGAAAUGGAUAAAUAAUGACCGCAACGAUUUGGUUUAUAAGUUCGUCGAGCAUCGCAAGAAUAAAAUUCGGCGAUUCAUCGGUGAUCUUACAACUCGAUUCCCAGUUCCCGUUCAAUGUACAGUCGAAGGAUCGAAAAGUUCCAAGCACAGAAUGGUGAUACAUUUCUCUUGCCAAGCCCGAAACUCGGAUUGCUGUGUGUUCACCAGCGAUUAUUUGUUCGCGUUCAAAACGAAAUUCCCAGCCACCUGGCUUCAUCUAAUGUUCCUCCAGAUGGAAUGUUCCGCAAUUAAUCAAUUCGGAGAAGUUGUCGGAAAGGACUCUCAACAGUAUCAGACGCUUGAGCAUUGUUGGAAAUGUCUGCCGUCGGGUAUCACCAAAUCGAUUCCAUUCGACACGAUGAUCACCGCAGCGUUUCCCAAUAACAAAGAGCAAGACAAACUCGCCAAAGAGCUAGACGAGUCGGGAUUUUUCGCGUGCUUCUCGUUCAAUUCAUCGACGAAUCAAUGGAAUUGCGUUAGCUGCUCGAAUCCGGAAAAGGUGCGAUGUUUCGUUGAAGAUGGCGGUGCUGAGAAGGUUCUAGAAGGCCAAUUAAAGGAAAAGAAGGGCCGGUGGAGGUUCCUGAAGCGAUGGAAUACCAAAUACUUCACGCUAUCGUCAGCAGCACUAAAUUACAGUGCGCACAAUGUGCCGACCGAUUCUCGCGCCCUUCUACCCUCUAUUGAUUUACGCUCGAUUCGCUCCGUCCGAUCUCUAGGAAGAGGUAAAAAGUCAAGGAAGUCGUUGCGAAAAGCAUUCGAAAUUUUUACCUCCGACAACACGUCUAUCAUAUUAAAGGCAAAAGAUGAAAAAAACGCCGAAGAAUGGUUGCAUUGCCUCCAAAUUGCCGUGGCUCAUGCGAGAAGAGAGCUUUCAUAA